AUGGAAUCCGUAAUACUCUCCGGCCCUGGCCCGGUGAAAAUAAGGAGAAAAUACCCACUCCCCAGUGGGUUCGAUGACCCUUAUGACAGCAACUUCGACCCUCUCUAUAACAGUGACCCCUUUGCUCCGCAGGAGGAACCCGAAGAAGAGGCAGAGCCGUACUUCGUAUGGCGCAGGAACGCGCCGUUCCUCUACGACGCAGUCUCAGUGUACAACCUGGAGUGGCCUUCACUGACGGUCGAUUUCAUGGACGACUCGAAAAGCUUCAGGGUCAAGAACGGGUCACUCACGCAGAGACUCCUGCUGGGCACACACACUUCGGGCUCGGAAACCGAGUUUGCAAUGGUCGCAGAGCUUAGGACGGGGGUCUACUCUCUGCGCGAGAACAUGACGACAUGCGAGAACUACAACGGCUUCGUUUCCGCAAGGAAGAACAGGGAAAACAACCCGGCCCAGCCGAGUUAUCCCAGUCUGGACAUAAAGGCGAAGAUUGUGCACCCCGGGGAAGUGAACAGGAUUUCGCACGUUCCAGGCACGCACUUUUCAUUCGUCACGCAGUCGAACAACGGAACGCUCUACCAGUUCGACUAUUCGAAGCACCCGUUCAACCCGCGCGACGUGAAGACGUCACUGCCUCAGCUGGUUUUGGGAGGAGGGCACUCGUCGGAAGGCUACGGAAUUACGUGGAACUCGUCCAAGAAGCUGGUUUCAUGCGCCACUGACGGGAGCCUGUGUCUGUGGGACUUGAACGCAAGGUCUGCUACCCAGACGAAGUCGCACUCGGGGGUUGCAGACAGUGUUCCAGUAUUGACCCCUGUAUCAACAUAUUCAAACGCCAGUGCAAGUUUUACAACGAGCGGCUCUCAUAAAUCUAGUAGCAGUAACGCUAACAGUAAAUACACUAGUAACAGUAACACUAAUAACACUAGUAACGCUGACAGUAAAUACACUAGUAACAGUAACAGUAAUAACAAUGACAGCAACAGUGGUGAAGAAAAAAACGCACUCAACGAUGUGGAGUUUUUAUACAACGACGACAAUGUGGUUCUCACUGCCUCCGACGACGGCAACGUAUAUUUGGUGGACCUGAGAAGCGCCUCGACUGGUAAAAGGAACAACGACCUGAGCAAGUUUAACACCGAUUUGAGCCACAGCUCACAGCUCAGUAACUGCGUGGAAACGGCAAUGACGAGUGUGGCCUCCGUGGACUCUGGCGUAAACUGUCUGAGUGUAAACACGUUCAACAGCAACUACUUCGUCUGCGGCUGCGAAAACGGGGACAUUUACCUGUACGACCUCAGGAUGCCCUCGAAAAGCGUGCUCCUGCUGGACCAUCACAAGGAGUCAGUGAGUCAGAUCGAGUUCAACCGGGCCUGCUGCGGCCUCUUUGCAUCCUCGUCCAACGACGCCACGGUGUGCGUCUUCGACCUCGGCUGCCGAGGCCAGGAGCUGCGGUUCGUGCACCAGGGCCACAAGGCGCAGGUCAACGACAUAUCGUGGGCGAAGCUGAACCCCUAUGAGGCUGGCCACGUCGGAUUCACUCUGGCCUCAGUGUCCCAGGACAAUUUACUCCAGUGCUUCACUCCAAACUACUCAUCGCUCAGGACUCACAAAUACAAACAGUAA